UCGUGUUUGUAAACAAAAGACGGUAGCCAGUGCACCCGCUUUUCUACUGCAUUAGCUUUAAAAUGGCGUCUUUUUCGGAAACAUUUUUUUAAUUUUAUCUUUAAUAAUUUACUCUACAUUAAUUUUAACAUGGCGAAGGCCAAAAUUAGCCUAGAAUGGAAGAAGAGGGUGAAACAAGAGUAUAUGAGAUUGCGGCAGGCAAAACGCUACAAAAGGGCGGACGAAGUGAAACUGUCCUGGAAUCAAAAUCGUGAAAGGAUGAAUGAGGUUUUAAUAGACGAUCAAAAACGUUGGACCGAAUGUAAAGCGCUUUGGGUUUCGACUCCCGAGCUACCGCUUCACGUCUCCUGUAUGAAAAAGGCCGAGAUUGUCGGGAAUGAAGGUGAUAUUCAAGUGAUACCCAUAAAAAUUAUUAAUUCCGUAACGCCGAUACCGACAAUGUACACAUGGGCACCUAUUCAACAGAAUUUUAUGGUCGAGGACGAGACAGUCCUGCACAAUAUCCCGUAUAUGGGUGACGAAGUAUUGGAUCAGGACGGCACGUUCAUAGAGGAACUGAUUAAGAAUUACGAUGGGAAGGUGCACGGAGAUCGUGAGACGGGCUUCAUGGACGAUCAACUGUUCGUCGAGUUAGUGCAUGCUUUAAUGCAGUACCAAGAAAAGGACAAGGUGGACAAGAAGGAUAAGGAAAAGGGCAAAGAGGAAGAGAAGGAAGCCGCCAGUAAAUCCCCUGAUGACUUUCCAGUGUUUGUGAUUUUUCAAGCCAUAUCACUACAGUUUCCCGAUAAAGGACGAGCGGAACAAUUGAGAGAGAAGUACAUAGAGCUGACUGAGAGGAUGGACCCGAAUGCGCUACCUCCAGAGUGUACACCGAAUAUUGACGGGCCUACGGCAGAAUCUGUGCCGAGGGAGCAGACAAUGCACUCGUUUCAUACAUUGUUCUGCAGAAGGUGUUUCAAAUAUGAUUGCUUUUUACAUCGACACCAAGGGCUUCAGGCGUGCCAUCCCGGUCCCAACUUACAAAAGCGGAGAGGCCCGGACUUGAAACCUUUUACGGAGAUAUGCGGAACUGAUUGCUACAUGCUAUUGGACGGCAUCAAGGAGAAACUGGCCGCGAAGCGGGAGCAGGAGGAGGAGCACGAAAAGAGCAAAGAUAAGCAAUCGAAGGACGCUUCGAAUGCGGUCGAGUCUAACGAUUCGGCGUCGCUACCGCGAAAAGUCUGCAAGCAGCAGUCGGUUGAUUCCGGAAAUGAAGCUAGCUCCGAAGAUAGCAAUGAUAGCAAUAAUAAAGAUUGUAUACCUAUAUUUGAUAGUGAGACUCCUUCGACAGAUUCGACUGAAGGUUCAAAUCCCGUAUCAACCACCACUUCGUUUAGCUUACUAGGUCUGAUGGGCGAAGACGACCAUAGGGAAUGGACUGGAUCCGAUCAAAGUUUAUUUCGAGCACUACACAAGGUCUAUCUUAACAACUAUUGCGCCAUUGCCCAAAUAAUGCUUACAAAAACGUGCCAACAGGUAUAUCACUUUGCUCAAAAAGAAGACGCCGAUAUUCCGACCGAAGAAUCUUUGCGAGAUUACACCCCACCACGGAAGAAGAAGAAGAAACAUCGUCUCUGGUCUAUGCACUGUCGUAAGAUACAAUUGAAAAAAGAUUCUAGCAGUAAUCACGUUUAUAAUUUUACACCGUGCGAUCAUCCUGGUCUUCCGUGUGAUGCACUUUGUCCUUGUAUUGGAGCUCAGAACUUUUGCGAGAAAUUUUGUCAGUGCAGCUCAGAUUGCCAAAAUCGUUUUCCCGGUUGUCGUUGUAAAGCUCAAUGUAACACGAAGCAAUGCCCGUGCUAUUUGGCAGUGCGAGAAUGUGAUCCAGAUCUGUGCCAAACUUGUGGUGCUGAUCAAUUCGACGCCUCUAAAAUAACAUGCAAGAACGUCAGCGUGCAGCGGGGCCUUCACAAACAUCUCUUAAUGGCCCCGUCAGAUGUCGCCGGUUGGGGAAUCUUCCUCAAGGAUAGUGCGCAAAAAAACGAAUUUAUCUCGGAAUAUUGCGGCGAAAUUAUUUCACAGGACGAGGCGGAUAGGCGCGGCAAAGUAUACGACAAGUACAUGUGCAGUUUCCUGUUUAAUUUAAAUAACGACUUUGUCGUGGACGCGACACGCAAAGGAAAUAAAAUUCGUUUUGCCAAUCACUCAAUUAAUCCUAAUUGUUACGCGAAAGUCAUGAUGGUAAAUGGCGAUCAUCGAAUCGGAAUAUUCGCAAAGAGAGCCAUACAACCAGGCGAAGAGUUAUUUUUCGAUUACAGAUAUGGACCUACCGAACAACUUAAAUUUGUGGGUAUUGAAAGAGAAAUGGAGUUCUUGUAAUCCAUUUUAGGUGUAAUUUUUUAUAAGUGCUUGACCUAUUUUUUAUAUCAUUUCUAUUUAACAGUAUUAAAAAAUAAUAUAAUCUUA